AAGCAAACGAAAGCAACAGCAACACUAUGAGAAGAUUCCUGAUUGUGUUAGUGAUCUGUGCUGUGGUGACAGCAGACAGGUCGGAUUCAAGGCGCCCUGAUCAUCGGGACGAGCUGCGCGAAGUGCGUGCUCUGGUGCAGAAGAACGGCGAAUCUCUAAAGGAGCUGGGUCAGCAGGCAGCUGGCAUUGCCAACUCCCAGAAGGGCAUCGACCAAAAACUGAGCCAGCAAAUCAACCAACUUAGGGGCAUCCAGAGAGUAGAGGUCGGCUUGGGGAAGUUGCAAAAAGACACUACAAUCAAUUUGGCAAAAAACGCCGCGGCCGUCCAAAAUCUUACCAUUAGUGUGAGAAAUGCUAGCAACAGGACCAACAAGGCGCUGAACGACUUGAAUAAGAAUGGAGAGGACAUCAAGAAGGUGCUACUUAACUUGGAAGACAACCAGAACAAGCACGAGCGUGAACUAAAUGCCUUGUCCGAUUCUGUGCAAAAAAACAUUUCUGGGCUGGACAGACUUAUCAAGCAGUCCGUGUUGCGUGAAAUUAGUGAACUGGAUAAGGCGUCCAAGAAGCUAGAGCGGGUCCAAAAACAAAUUGUGGACAAGGUCGGCCAACUGGAUGGCAUCAAUGAACUGACCAAGGUCAACAGCCGCAAAGUGAGUAUUUUGGACUCUCGCGUACGAUCCCUGAAUGCCACCCAAGCAGAACGUUUGAGCAUUCUGGGUGCUGCCGUCAACUCUGUGCAGAUAAAUACUGCGCAGAUCGAUGAGAAGCUUGGUCUGUUGCUAGAAAACCAGAAGGACAUUGCAAAAACUUUGGAUGAAUGCAAGAAAUGGAGACGAUCACGAGGACCUGGCGGACCUGGCAGACGCGGUACUAGCUCUCGCGGACCUGGUAGGCGGCCCGAAGGUCCACGCCGUCCUCGUGGUCGUGGAUCACGCGGACCACGUGGCGAUGACACAAGCGAAGAGUCCGAUGAAUCUGCAUCCUUUGAAGCUCCUGAGGAGGCAUAUUAAACAACUGCUGAACACUUAGAGUCUAACUCUUUUAUUGCACCUUUUUACGUUUCAAAAUUCUUGUUAUUGCAUUGCGUUUAACAAAAAGACAACAACUAACUAAAAACGAUCAAUUAUAACUAAUAAAUGCAAUUUGGCAAACUCAACUGGAUUGGAGUUACUUAAAUAUGUAAAUAA